CCCCCCAAACACGGGAGCGGGCACACAUGCGAGUACGAGCUUCCCGUCCACCGGUGGAGUCGCUGCCGGUGUUGUACCUUCGAGUUCGAGUGCGAAUCCGAGCUUCCAGUCCGCCGGUGGUGCCACUGCCGGUGUUGUACCUUGGUCUGCGAGUGCAUCUUCGAGCUUCCCAUCCGCCACUUCCGGUGUAGUGCUUCCGCAUUGUGCAUUCCCGCCCAUCGACGUAGAUGUAGUGCCANUCUACCGGUGUUGUACCUUCGUCUGCGAGUGCGACUUCGAGCGUCCCAUCCACCACGUCCGGUGUAGUGAUCCCGCGUUGUGUAUUCCCGCCAAUCGACGUAGAUGUAGUGCCAACGAUUAUUGCCGACUACCAGCCUGUAAUCACGGCUGCCGUAGCGUCGUCUGAGAUUGCUUCUCCCUCCGUCGUUGACCCGAGCGAUUUUCGUGCAGUUGUGAUCGACCCCCUCAUCCCCCAGGACCAUUUGCCUCUCAUGGAUAUGAGCAUGUUCCUUGAUGUAGGCCUGAUGGAUGGAAUAGACUCGGUCCCACAGGAUGAUUUUUUUCCGGAUGCGUUUGAUGUUUGCGACUCUGCAACACCCCCUCCCCCCGCGUUUGCCGUGAUUAGUGAUGAAUUGGAUUGCCUGAAGGGUUUCGUUGCUGGAUGCAGUAUGCAGCAAACCGUAGCUCCCCCCUCCCUCUCGCAUGCAUUGGCGAUUAUCGCCCCCGGUGCUUCCCCGUUUUCGGUAGGAAAAUCCACGCCGACCAUUGAUAUUAAUUUGUUCCAUGCCUCCACCGGCCAUGUAAACAAAUUUUUGAUGCGUGAAACGGCCAAGCAGCAGGGCAUACGACUGGUGGGGGAGAUGCAGCCAUGUGUGGGCUGCGUGGAGGCGAAGGGC